CAAAUUUCCCUGACGAUGACGUCAUCCCUCGCCUCAAACACCGUUAUUCACAUUGAACGAGGGAGAGCCCCACACGACGUCGUCAAGGCCAAACUCGCCCUCAAACCUGGACCUGUUAAAUCCAACCAAAUUCCACACGCGUUCCAUCGCUCCUCCCACACUACCGGAGCUCCCGAGAAGAAGAAGAACAACCUCGUCGACCGAUCGGAAUAUUCUUAUUCUCCUUAUUAUCUCCGAAAAACAGGAGAAAAAGAGAACAUGGGAAGCCAAGGAAGCGAAGGAGGCGGCGGCGGGUGUUCGAGGAAACCCAGGUUUCUGUGCCUCCAUGGGUUCCGAACGAACGGAGAAAUCAUGAGGAAACAAGUGGGAAAGUGGCCGGAAUCGGUGCUGGAGAAUUUCGACAUGGUUUAUCUCGAUGCGCCCUUUCCGGCCCAAGGUAAAUCCGAAGUUGAAGGCAUUUUCGAUCCUCCUUAUUACGAGUGGUUCCAAUUCAACAAGGAAUUUACAGAGUACACAAACUUUGAUAAGUGUCUGGAAUACAUAGAGGAUUACAUGAUUAAACAGGGACCGUUCGAUGGCCUUGUUGGUUUUUCCCAGGGAGCAAUAAUAUCGGCGGGGCUGCCGGGGCUGCAAGCGAAGGGUGUGGCAUUGACCAAAGUUCCCAAAAUUAAAUUCUUGAUAAUAAUUGGAGGAGCAAAAUUCAAGUCACAGGCAGUGGCUGACGAUGCUUAUUCCUCUUCCAUUCAGUGCCCCUCCCUUCACUUUUUAGGAGAGAUGGACUUCUUGAAGCCGUACGGGCUUGAACUGUUGGAACACUGUGCAGAUGCUUCGGUGAUUCAUCAUCCGAAAGGCCACACUGUUCCGAGACUUGACGAAAAGGGUUUAGAGACGAUGAUGAGCUUCAUUGACAAGAUUCAGAAGAUAUUGGCAGAGAAAGACCAACACUAGCGGAUACGUGUUCAAUUUAAACGACGUCGUAUUUAUUUUUGUUGAUAUUAUAAUAUUGGCGCGAUUUAAAAGCCAAUUUAGUUUCUAAAUUGUGUCAAAUGUUUUUAACAAGAAAAAUUAGUAGAGAAUUGUAUUAUGUUUUGUCUCUAUAAUUAAGUUUGAACUCAAUAUUCAUACAGAACUCAAUUGAGGCUACAA